AUGUCGGCUCCACCACCUCCCUCACCUGACUCGAUAAAUUCUGGAGAGUUUGUUAACCUUAGCGACUUGCAUUCGAUUUUUUGCGACUGUGGAGACAAGAUUGCUGCCAACCAGAUCGAGAUGCAGACGCUCAAAGAUCAAGUGGGUAAAGAUUUCAUUGUGUGCUGUGUUGAUCACAUCAGUCAGCAUGACAAGUUGGAACAUCAUGAGAGGAACUUAAAAGUGAUUGCUCUGGUGAUGGGCGGUGUCAUGGUGGCAAUGCUUGGGAUGAUGAUGGUUGGGGUCAAAGUCCUUAUCAAGCUUGGAUAA